GUGUUUGGUUGUUUACAACCUUCGUUGCGGCGGUCGAUAUGUGUAAAAUGUUAGGGUCAGACUAAUGUCGUUUGCCCUGCUGAGAAAGGCCUUCGGUAUCGGGAAGGCAAUCGAUGAGAAGGAAUUUGAUGAUUUCUUCAAAGUAUUUGAUGGGAGUGACGCCUUAAAUGUCGGUCAUUUAAGUAAAUUGCUAAAGAAAAAAGCUGUCCGGUUGUUAGUCCUGAAGAAUGAAGACUCUGGUGUCAUUUUCGACUCCUCCGCUCAAAAGGAAUCUGUCAAGUCAGUACCAAUUCUAAAUGUUGGAAGACAGCAAUGUGACCUGAGAGACAUGGCAUUCGGUUCCUAUUCGUUAAAUAGUAGGAAACCGCUACUUUUCUCAACAAAAGUCCAUGACAUGAGUUCAUCUGGUCAAUUGUUGUUUACAAGAGUCAUCAGUGAUAUUGAUGAGUGGCGAAAACUUUAUCUCAGUAGUGGGCAGAACCCAUGGGUGAAGCGCGGAAUAUUUACUCUCGGGAACGUUGAGUUGAAGCAUGAAACAAGCAGCAAUAGAAGCUUGGCUGUUUGCUUACUUAUAAAUCUAGAGUGGUGUUCAUCUACCAACGGCUUGUAUGCAAGCAAAACACUCGUUGCGCAAAAGUCUCACAGUCGUCGGAACUUUCACCUUUUUAAUUCCGAUGUUAGCAAUCAAGCAGCCAUGCAACCGUCUGUUGACAAUUGUUUCAAGAAUUCGCCAUUUUCUCCAAGACGAUUUUACCGUAUGCUUUUUGAGCAUUGGACUCAGCUAAGUCUGCUAGUUGAGACACUGACUAAUGAAUGUGCAGUAGCCGUAUGUAAUGGCACUCGCAGUUGCUGGGGGACGCACAACUUUGUACCAGAGCCGCACUGUACUGAUGUCAUAACAAAAGCCUUCAACAACUUUUUGGAUUAUUUCAGAGAUUUGUGUCUGCCUAAAUUAUCUUUCCCUGUUUGGUCUACGUUAAAUGUCACGUUAUCGAUUGGUUCGGAUUCCUUACCGUCUUACUUUGAACCAUCUCGUACAGACUGUGUCGCUUAUUGGUUGAAUAUGGAUCCCAGUUAUUGCCAGUCAUUGUCCGCUGAUUGUAGUCAAGCUUCUAAAGAUAAUCUUGCUGACAUAUUUGUAAAAUCCUGCUUGGUACCGCUGAUAAUUAAAGGAAAUAACAGAGAUCACCGCAACUUCCUGAGCCGUUUGCUCACGGGGGUUCUAAUGUUCCAUACUGGUUGGCUCGAUGGUGUUUCGUCUAAAGGCUCGCGUUCCAAUUUGGGAAACACCAAUGAAAAUUCAUCUUCAAGCAGUCAAAAUGUACGGAGUAGUUUGUUGAAUCAACUGUUGACACAAACAAGUUUCAUACCGAUUGGAACAGAUGCAGUCUGUGGAAGCAUCUUCAAUUGUACUGUCAUUUCUGGUCAAUCACGUGCCUAUAUGAUGGCUUUGCUGUAUUUCGUGACAUAUUUUUUAAGAUUUUUAUGUUUAACGCAUGCACAAGAAUGUGUUCCUGAACUUGGACAAGCUGAUCUCUUUGAAUUGGAACAGCAAAAACGACGAACUCGUUUAGGUGGUAAAUCCCGUCGUAAAUCUGGUUCUGCAACAAGUAGUAGUUCAACUAAUUGUGGUGGUGGUGGAGGUGAUGCUCACGAUUCCGGGAUUAGUUCUCAAGAGGAUUUAACCUCUAUGGUAUACUCAGCCAGUACAGGAUCAUCUCCAACGCAUGUUUCAGGCAUGGCAUUAUGUAUGACACGUCGACUGACACGUGACCAGUGUCGAAUGGCUGAAGCAGCUGCUCAGUUGAUGGUGACUCGUGAAGCGGCGGCUGCGGCCGCGGCUGCCGCAGCAGCUACAAAUAUGUUCCAACAGAAUGUGACUACUGGCCCGCCAGCAAAUUCACUGAUUUCAGUUGGUGAAACCCGUUCACCACAUUCAACUGAGAUAUCAGUUUUAUCAGAUGGUAGUAUCGGUGGAUCGUGUCUAUCGAAUUCACCACGUUCAUAUCGGCAACGGUAUACUGAAGUUCCCCUGUUGAUUGAAAAAUACUUUGAUGGUGACGAAGAAUUGUGCAGUUGUUUACCAACAGAGAUUAUUCCAGGUUAUAAUAUGAAUCCACCUCCACCGACUACUACAACCAGUAAUCGAUAUUCUACUUCAUUGACGACGGCAGCGGCAACAACCACAUCCCCUGGUGGAGGAAGAAGUAAUUCUAGUUCAACAACAUACACCACCAAUACAACUAUGCAUGUAUCAGAACAUCAUUAUCAUCAUCCUCAUCCUCAUCAGUAUAAUGUAAAGACAUCCUCUUCCUCGGCUUCUGCCUGCUCCUCUGCCUCUUCAUCAUUAUCCUCAUCGUAUUUACGUAUCAGUUCACAAUCUGUAGAUCGUUCAUCAAAACAAAUGUUUUAUGCAUCACAAACACGUGGUGGGGGUGGGGUUGGUAAUCAAGAGAUGGUUCCAUCAACAUCGAAAUCGAUUGAUGGAUGUAAUCUAUCCAGUUUGAUUGAUAAUCAUAAUAAUACUAAUAUGCCAUCAUCAUCGUCAUCGUUGUCAGGAAUUUAUGCAGAUACUGACCGGCACCAUCAACAACUACAACAACAGCACAACUUGGAUUCACUUCAUCAUCGAUCUGCCUAUCAAACAUUUGUCAAUCAUUCAUUGAUAUCUGCCACUGUAUCUGAUAUCUAUCAUACGGGACAUGUGUUACAGGCAACCACUGAAUCACCUGAUAGUUUUAAAUCACGUUUAGAAGAGAAUUUAAUACAAUGGCUUACAUAUGGUCCAUUGGUUGUAAGCGAUUUUAACAGUCUAUCGUUGAUGAACAAUAAUAAUAAUAACAAUAAUACUAGUAAUAGUAAUGUUAAAAUAGUGCCUGAUGUCUAUUCUGGACAACCUAGCACAUCAUCAUCAUCGUUUAAAUUGAAUCAUUCACAUCAAAGGCUGAGUAGUCGUCAAUUUAAGCAUCCAAAAUGGUCAGCUACCGCUUUGGUAAUUAACUGUGAUACAAAAAGUGUUGAGGCUCUCACUUUGGUUCAACCGAAUCUGGCCAAUUUAGUUUUAACCAAAGAACCAGAAGUUGUCAAUUCCAAUAAUUAUGGUCAUAGUGCUAGUACAAGUACCGCUAUAAUUGGUAAUCCCAGUUCCGUGAGUACUCCUAGUAGUAGUACUACUACGGUACAACACAUUGGUGGACGAGAUCGUGUAAAAAUCAUGUUAGAUCAAUCAUCAUUAUCAUCAACAUCAGAUUCGUUAAUAGAUCAGCCUAUAUUAAUUACACCAAUUCGUGCACUUAGCGCAUCCGUAUCUCGACGUAAUCUCCACAUUAAACCAGCACCGUUAAUAUCUCGGCUUAUUGAACAAAUUCACUUGGUAUUAGAUACAACUAAUUGUUCAUUGAUGACACUGAAACACUUAGAGUGUAAUCUACAAUUACUUUAUCGUAAAAGUAUGAUAUUAACAAAUUUAUUGAUUAAAGAAGGUGCUCCCUUGCUUCAACGAAUUGAUCGAAUGACAACUACUGUUGGAUGCCUACCUGACGAUUUACCCCUUUUGCUAUCCAUCGCCUCGUCAUGUUCAAUUCAAGCUGCAAAUAUUUUACAUACUAGUCAUUUUGAUUGGUUGAAUUUGUGAUGACUUCUUACAUAAUAUUUCCCUUUUUUCGCUUUUAUUCACUACAACUAACUCACUCCCUCUCCCUCUCUGUGCUGGUGCUUUUCUGCCGUCAAAUUCAACUAUGUGCUCUGUUGAUGAAUGAUACGAGAGGGGGGAGAGUGAUGUGUGUAUGUGUGUGACCUGCAGUUUUCUACUUCGAUUUUCCUACCCGUCUGCAUACAUACACACAUGCCUAAUCGAUAGUGCUUGCUUUAUUGUGUGUGCGGGGUGUUUUAAGGCGGUUGCCGCCCCUCUGCAUGUGUGUUUUACCUUUCCUUCACCCCCGAACCUGCGCACCCACCACCACCAUCCAACCAACUUCUAGACCUAUUUUGAUCGAAUUCAUUCAAUUAAUUAUGGUAUGUAAAUUCUGUCACUGAUGAUGAUGACAAUGUUAAUGAUGACGUCAGUAUCCAACUCGCACACACACACCCGCCCCAUCUGCUACCACCACCCCAUUCUCUAUUAAAAUGAUGACUAAUUACAUUUUGUAAUAAAUACUUCCUUCAGAUUACAUCAUUGUAUCAUCUCCAGUCUUCACAACCACACACACCGAUAUAUGUAUGCAUAUGUUGUUCCUUGUGUAUGUGUGCGUGUGUCUGUGGAUUCUUUCAGAUUUUCAACUCUCCACUGUACAGAUAUCUCCCCUUCCCCCGCAAAACCCCAACUCUUCUCCCUGUUAUUUCCUUUAUCUUCCUGAAAGCAACUCUUGUUUCUCUCUCCUUGUGUAUGCGUGUGUGUGUGUGUUUGUGUGUGUAAACCAGAUUUUCUCAAUAAUAAUCUACAGAUUUUUAUUUACUUACACUACUACUACUACUACUACUCCAUGUGCCUCUCAUCUCUCGUCCUCCUGCUCCUCCUCCUCCGACACUGGAAAUGAUAAUCUAUUUUCUUUAUUUAUAUGAUUCUAAAUACAUAUAUGCAUAUAUACACACACACACACAAACACACUGAUUUCUUUUCUUUGAAUUGGUUACAGGUCCUUAUUUUUAUCCGGCUGUUUGCCUGUUUAUUUGCUUGUGUGUUUUUGUCAAAUUCUAAUCUUUAUUUAUUAUUCUUUAGUCGUCUGAUGAAUUGCACCCAGAUGAAGAAUUAUACUCCCUUAUUAUUAUUAUUAUUAUUGUGUGUGUGUGUGUGAAUGUCUUCUGUUCAUUUGCUAAUAAUUACAUAUAUAAUGAUAUAUAUAUAUAUAUCUACUUAUAUAUUAUAUAAUAUAUAAUACAUAAUUGAUUAAUAAACAUGAACAUGGUGUUGGGAUUUGGUUUUGUCUACAGACAGUUAGUUUAGGCCAGCCAGCCAUGUAGAAGAAGAUGUAGACUGGCUUCCUGGUUUUUUUUUAUUUGGUCAUAUUUCCAGCAAAAUUACUGCCCGUGCUCACACCAACUGUAUUGGUGUCCCAUUAGGGCUUGCCCCCAGAUGUCUUCCCUGCCUGCAUUUAGCAGCAAGGAACUCUGUAAACGAACCUACCAAGUAUAUAUGACAUGAAAAGAUUAGCUGUCUUCGAUCAUAGUUGCGCCUGCGUUCUAUCUCCCGUGUGAA